UCAAAACUCCCCAUUAAUAGAAAUGAAUAAGUUAAUUAAUUACCCACCAAACCCAAACCCAAAUUAUAGUAAUUACAUUACUCUCCUUUUUAACACAUCACACAUUGAUGCUACAUUAUCAUACUACUACAAAUCAGACUCACAUACAACACGACCACACUUAAAUUAAGUAAAUUAGAAUAUAUAUUUUUAUUCAAAAAGUCCAACCCAUACUAUUUAUAUCUCAUCAUCUUCUUCCUCCUCACAUCUUUCAACUCAUUUAUUCUUCUUCUUCUCCUCUUUCUCUCUCCUCCUCCUCCACCAACAAUAAAAAUGGAGACCCACCCGAAUAACAACAACAACCUUAACCUUAACAUUGACAAUAUACGUGCAAUCAAAGUCCUCGGAAAAGGUGCAAUGGGCACCGUUUUCUUAGCCCACGAUAUCGACUCCGACCCAGAUGGAAAUUACCCUUUUGCCCUCAAAGUCGUCGAGAAAUCUCUCCUUAAAACUAAACACAACGACGCCGAACGUCGUGCGCGGUGGGAAAUGACGGUUUUAGCCUCUAUUAACCACCACCCUUUCCUCCCUACCUUACUGGGCUCAUUCGAGGCCCAUGAUUUAUUGGGUUGGGCCGUCCCUUUUUGCUCCGGUGGUGAUUUGAAUGUUCUCAGGUACAAUCAAAACGACGCCGUUUUCAGCUCCUCCGCGAUUAAGUUUUAUCUGGCGGAGAUUGUCUGUGCGCUCGAACACCUUCAUAGCAUGGGGAUUGCAUACCGUGAUUUAAAGCCGGAGAAUGUUCUUGUUCAAGGCUCAGGUCACGUAACUCUCACGGACUUUGAUCUUUCUAGAAAGUUAUCAAUUCGAAAGAAGAAACAACCCGCCGUUGGGUUCGGGUCAUCCGAUUCGGGCUCUACUAAUACUUUUCGAGAGUUCAAGCCACUCCCGCCAACGCCCCCACCGCCGCAGAGACGGAAUCAUUUAACCCGUAUUUUAACGUACGGGUCGGGUUUGGAUUCGGGUCUACGGAAGGCGAAAUCGGCCCGCGUUUCGCCGAGGAGAGCGAGUUUCGCUGGCGGGAAACGCUCAAACUCUUUUGUUGGUACGGAGGAAUACGUUUCGCCGGAGGUGGUGCGAGGGGAGGGACAUGAGUUCGGGGUUGAUUGGUGGGCCCUUGGAAUUUUGGCGUACGAAAUGUUAUACGGAAGAACACCGUUCAAAGGGAAGAAUAGGAAAGAAACGUUUCGAAACGUGCUCAUGGUACGUCCCGAGUUCGUGGGACAACGUACGUCGUUAAUCGAUCUAAUUGAUAAAUUGCUUGAGAAAGACCCGAGUAAGAGGUUGGGACAUUUUCGAGCGGAGGAGAUUAAAGAGCAUGAUUUUUUUAGAGGGUUGAGAUGGGACCUACUAACGGAUGUCGAACGUCCACCAAUCGUUCCUGUAUUGGUGGACGUAGACUUAACUAAUGUUGCUACGUUUGAUAUAAGGGAUUAUUUUCUUAAGUCGAGGGCGCCACCGUCAUUGCCGCCUUCGCCAGUGCGGUCUUUGUCCUCAUUGUCGGAAGAGAAUAUUUCACGAACGGAAUUCUGAUGAAACUUUGUCAGAGUUAGAUUUUUUUUUAUAUAUAUAUUAUUAUUUGGGAAAUUUUAGUGUACAUAGAAGUAAAAACAAAUAACUAAGAGUUAGUUUAGGGAAUGUACUAAUAGUUGUUAAAAAUUAAGAAAUGUAUAGUAAUUUAUGUUUUUAA